AUGUUGAAUGAUAGAAAAAAAAGAUAAGAUGAUGAAAGGUAUGCUAAAGAAUAAAAGAUUACUUUAGCUAAGAAAUAAGAAAAGGCAUAGGCUUUGAAUAAAUUAGUUAAAUUAUCCUAAUCUAUUAUUAUAUAUUUAAAGAAGAGGUUAAUUAAUUAGAAAUUAGAAGAAAGAAUCAUUAAUAAUAUCAAUAGUUUUUUAAGAAAGUGAUAUAUAAUCAAAGGAAUUGGAAAAAGGCUAAAAUAAUAUUGAAAAUGCUAUAAAAGAAUUGAUAGAUAUGAGAGAUUAAAGAAAAAAGAAGAGGAAUUCAAAAAAAUAGGGAAACUAAAAAAAUAAAAUUAAUCAAUAAUUUAAUGAAGUAUCUAAUUUAUCUAUAUAGUUAGUUGUAUAGUAAAAUAUAAGCAGAAACAUAUGAAUUAAAUUCUAAAUAUAAUAAAUUAAAGCUUUUUAUUCAAUAAAAUAAUGAUGAGAAUAUUUCCAAACAUAAAGAAAUAAGAGGAACUCAAAAUUAAAAUGAAGCUACAUAAAAAGAAUAUAUUUAAGUAAUUCAUGGAAUUUAGAAUAUGAAAGACAUAUUAAAAUAGAGAAAUAAAAUAGUAAAAAGAAUACUUUUAUCUAAUAAAGAUCAUGAUAAUGUAACAGAAUAAUAGAGAAAUAGGAAGAAAGAAAGAAAAAAAAUAGAUAAUUAAAAGAUAGAAAAAUAUUUUAAAUUUUAUAAAGGAUGA